AGCAACUUAUCAUUUUUCAGCACCUAAAAUCCUUUCCCAAAACAUUCCGGGGUUUAACAAAAAGGGUACACCAAACGGCACCACUUGCCCGGCUACUUUCUCCACCCUACACGGCGAACCUUCAAAAACUACCCGCUACAAAAUUUCCGGACGUCGACUACCCAUUUCCACCGUAAACUUCCGCCUUUUUUCUCACUUCUGGAAACUCGAAAGCACCAAAAGUCAUGCUGCUCCAACUCCCUCGACUUACGAGCUCUCUCAGAGAACCUUUCGACAUUGAUAGCGCUUAUCUUCACCGCAAAACUCUCCUUCAAAACCUCAAUCGUUCAAGUAAUGCAAAUUCACUUGAUGAAUCGGAAUUAGCGCGGAAGAUAGUUUAUAAUUGGGAAGAAGCAUCCCCCGAAGUGAGACAAACGUACAAACAGUUCACUGGUGCGGUGGUUGACUUGAUAGAUGGUGAAGUGGUGUCCGAGGAGUUUCGUGAAGUGGCGUUGACUGCGUAUCGACUUUUUAGUAACCAAGGGGAGGAGGAAGAUAGUAGAAGGAUUGCUGAGAAGAAGUCAGAAUUACAAAAAUUGUUGGGUUAUGCUGUUUCUGAUGGUAACCUGCAGAAAGUAGUGCAAUUGGCUCGGAGACUAUGCGGUUUUCAACCUAGAAACAAUGCAGCCUCACAAAAGUUAGAUGAAAAUUUGACUGAUACUGAUGUAGAAUUUGGAUCCAAUCUUAAUUUCAGACCGCCUUCACGGUUUUUGGUAGAUAUUUCCUUGGAAGAUGAAGAAAAUCUGUACCCAGAGGACUUGGCUCCAUCAACUUCACUUUACAGUAAUUGGCCUGCAGCUGCUGAUGCAGCUGACAAACAUGUCUCCAAUAAUCGAAUUAGGUAUGAUUUGAAAUGGUUGAGAGAAUCAUGUGAUCUAAUAGUGCAAGGAAGUGGCUCGCAGCUUACUCGAGAUGAACUGGCCAUGACGAUUUGUCGGGUUCUUGAUUCUGACAAACCUGGGGAAGAGAUUGCUGGUGAUUUACUGGACCUUGUUGGGGAUAGUGCUUUUGAGACUGUUCAGGAGCUUAUCUUGCACAGGAAGGAGCUUGUGGAAGCAACUCGUCAUGGCUUGCUGGUAUUACGAUCUAAUAAACCAUCUUCAAAUGCUCAACCACGCAUGCCCAGUUAUGGCACUCAGGUCACUGUGCAAACUGAGUCUGAGAAACAAAUUGAUAAACUUAGGCGCAAAGAGGAAAAACGCCAUAAACGUGGAGUAGAGCAUGGGAUUGAAGAUGAAUUUUCUUGUACAACUUUUUCAUCCUUACUUGAAGCAAGUGAGAAGAAAAAUCUCUUUGACGAUGUGCUUGGAAGUGGACCAGGGCCUGAGUCAUUAGCAAUAUCUGCACUUCCACAAGGAACUGUGAGAAAACAUUUCAAAGGCUAUGAGGAAGUCAUUAUUCCUGCAAUACCUACUGCUCCAAUGAAACCCGGGGAAAAGCUGAUUGAGAUAAAAGAGUUAGAUGACUUUGCCCAAGCUGCUUUCCAUGGAUACAAAUCUCUCAAUCGUAUCCAGAGCAGGAUCUAUCAGACUGUCUACUACACCAAUGAGAAUAUUUUAGUAUGCGCGCCAACAGGAGCUGGCAAAACCAAUAUAGCUAUGAUUUCUAUUCUACAUGAGAUUGGACAGCAUUUCAAAGAUGGUUACCUGCACAAAAAGGAGUUUAAAAUUGUGUACGUCGCUCCAAUGAAGGCAUUAGCUGCUGAAGUCACAUCAACUUUUAGUCAUCGGUUAGCUCCAUUAAAUAUGACAGUAAAGGAGCUUACAGGAGACAUGCAACUUUCUAGGACUGAACUUGAAGAAACUCAGAUGAUAGUGACCACACCUGAAAAAUGGGAUGUCAUCACGCGCAAGAGCAGCGACAUGUCACUUUCCAUGCUCGUUAAGCUUUUAAUAAUUGAUGAAGUGCACCUUCUGAAUGAUGAUAGAGGUCCUGUCAUAGAAGCAUUAGUUGCGCGUACUCUUCGUCAGGUUGAGUCAACUCAAUCUAUGAUUCGCAUUGUGGGACUUUCAGCCACUUUACCUAAUUAUUUGGAGGUGGCACAAUUUUUGAGGGUCAAUCCGGACUCGGGCCUCUUUUUCUUUGAUUCUACCUACCGUCCCGUGCCUCUUGCACAACAGUACAUCGGCAUUAGUGAGAAAAAUUUUAUGGCUCGUACUGAGUUGCUGAACAAAAUUUGCUACAACAAGGUAGUUGAUUCCCUAAAGCAAGGCCACCAAGCAAUGGUCUUUGUCCAUUCACGCAAAGAUACUGGGAAAACUGCAGAGAGACUGGCUGAACUGGCCAGGGAGGACAACAACCUGGAGCUUUUUCAGAAUGAGACACACCCACAGUUUCAAUUAAUAAAGAAAGAUGUUAUGAAGUCUAGAAACAAAGAGUUAGUUGGACUGUUCGAUUAUGGACUUGGUAUUCAUCAUGCUGGAAUGCUACGUUCUGAUAGAGGUCUUACGGAGCGACUUUUCUCUGAUGGAUUGUUAAAGGUGCUUGUCUGCACAGCAACUUUGGCUUGGGGAGUAAACUUACCAGCUCACACUGUUGUGAUCAAGGGCACACAGAUAUAUGAUCCAAAAGCAGGUGGCUGGCGGGACCUGGGCAUGCUUGAUGUCAUGCAGAUUUUUGGACGUGCUGGAAGGCCUCAAUUUGACAAAAGUGGUGAAGGCAUUAUUAUCACAUCUCAUGAAAAGUUAGCCCAUUACCUGCGGCUGCUUACUAAUCAACUCCCUAUUGAAAGUCAGUUCAUUCGUUCCUUGAAGGAUAACCUGAAUGCUGAGGUCGCUUUGGGUACUGUCACGAAUGUGAAAGAAGCUUGUGCUUGGCUUGGUUAUACCUAUCUAUUCAUAAGGAUGAAGAUGAAUCCUUUGGCUUAUGGAAUUGGAUGGGAUGAGGUGGUUGCGGACCCGUCUUUGGGUUUGAAACAAAGAGCUUUUAUAACAGAUGCUGCUCGUUCCCUCGAUAAAGCGAAGAUGAUGCGUUUUGAUGAGAAAAGUGGCAAUUUUUACUGUACCGAGCUUGGUCGUAUUGCUAGCCAUUUUUAUAUCCAAUAUUCCAGCGUGGAAACUUAUAAUGAAAUGUUAAGACGGCAUAUGAGUGAUAGUGAGGUUAUUGAUAUGGUUGCUCAUUCUUCUGAAUUCGAAAACAUUGUUGUUAGAGAAGAGGAACAAAUGGAAUUAGAAGCUUUAGCUCGUGAAUGCCCAUUAGAAAUCAAAGGUGGUCCCUCCAGUAAACAUGGGAAAAUUUCUAUUCUCAUUCAGUUAUAUAUAUCACGAGGAUAUAUAGAGGCAUUUUCAUUGAUCUCUGAUGCUGCUUAUAUAAGUGCAAGUUUGGCUCGUAUUAUGCGUGCUUUGUUUGAGAUUUGUUUGCGGAGAGGAUGGUCUGAAAUGUCAGCUUUCAUGUUAGAAUACUGCAAGGCUGUUGACCGUCAAAUCUGGCCCCACCAGCAUCCACUCAGACAAUUUGACAAGGAUAUCUCCUUAGAGAUAUUGAGGAAGCUCGAAGAUCGAGGGGCUGAUCUGGAUCGCCUAUAUGAUAUGGAGGAGAAGGAUAUUGGAGCUCUUAUUCGUUUUGCUCCUGGAGGGAAGACAGUGAAGCAAUAUCUUGCUUUAUUUCCAAUGGUCCAAUUGUCAGCUACUGUCAGUCCUAUCACGAGAACUGUUCUAAAGGUUGAUUUGCUUAUAUCCCCUGAUUUCAUAUGGAAGGAUCGCUUCCACGGUGCUGCUCAGAGGUGGUGGAUACUUGUUGAGGAUUCUGAAAAUGACCACAUAUAUCACUCGGAGCUCUUCACACUUUCGAAGAAAGCUGCAAGAGGAGAGCCUCAAAAGCUCUCUUUUACUGUGCCGAUAUUCGAACCACAUCCGCCACAGUACUAUAUUCGCGCUGUUUCUGAUUCUUGGCUGCAAUCUGAAUCUUUUUACACAAUAUCUCUUCACAAUCUGGCGUUACCUGAUGCUCACACUUCCCACACUGAAUUGCUUGAUUUGAAGCCUCUACCAAUAACUUCACUUGGUAACCCGACGUAUGAAUCCUUGUACAACUUUUCACACUUCAAUCCAAUUCAGACACAGGCUUUUCACGUCCUGUAUCACACAGACAACAGUGUUCUCUUAGGAGCUCCAACAGGAAGUGGAAAAACUAUAUCAGCUGAGCUUGCAAUGUUCCGCCUUUUCAAUACUCAGCCUGAUAUGAAGGUUAUCUAUAUUGCACCCUUGAAGGCCCUUGUCCGAGAAAGAAUGAAUGACUGGAGAAGAGGGCUUGUCACUCAGCUGGGGAAAUCCAUGGUUGAAAUGACUGGUGAUUAUACUCCAGACUUAAUGGCCCUUCUAUCAGCAGACAUCAUCAUUUCCACUCCUGAGAAGUGGGAUGGAAUCAGCCGUAACUGGCACACUCGAAGCUAUGUUAAAAAGGUAGGGCUUAUGAUUUUGGAUGAGGUUCACCUUCUUGGAGCUGAUCGUGGACCAAUUCUUGAGGUCAUUGUUUCGAGGAUGAGAUAUAUAUCAUCACAAACAGAACGUUCAGUUCGAUUUGUGGGUCUGUCAACAGCUUUAGCAAAUGCUGGAAAUUUGGCUGACUGGCUGGGGGUCGGUGAAAUUGGACUCUACAAUUUCAAGCCUAGUGUGCGACCUGUACCACUUGAAGUGCAUAUUCAGGGAUACCCUGGGAAGUUCUAUUGUCCAAGGAUGAAUAGCAUGAAUAAACCUGCAUAUGCUGCUAUCUGUUCACAUUCACCUACAAAACCAGUUCUUAUAUUUGUUUCAUCCCGGCGACAAACAAGGCUAACAGCUUUGGACCUAAUUCAGUAUGCCGCAUCUGAUGAGCAUCCGAGGAAGUUCCUGAGUAUUUCUGAAGAAGAGUUGCAGAUGAUUCUUUCCCAGAUCACAGAUCAGAACCUGAGGCAUACCUUGCAGUUUGGUAUUGGUUUGCACCAUGCUGGAUUGAAUGACAAGGAUCGAUCUGCAGUUGAAGAAUUGUUUGGAAACAACAAAAUUCAGGUAUUGGUGUCAACUAGCACGUUGGCCUGGGGUGUGAACCUUCCUGCACAUCUUGUUAUUAUCAAGGGAACAGAAUAUUUUGAUGGGAAAUCAAAAAGAUAUGUUGAUUUUCCUAUAACAGAUAUUUUGCAAAUGAUGGGUCGUGCAGGUCGACCUCAAUAUGACCAGCACGGGAAAGCCGUCAUUUUGGUUCAUGAACCCAAAAAGAGUUUCUACAAGAAGUUCCUCUAUGAACCCUUUCCAGUUGAGAGUAGUCUCAGGGAGCAGUUGCAUAAUCACUUUAAUGCAGAAAUUGUUUCUGGCACAAUUUCUCACAAAGAGGAUGCCAUUCACUACUUGACCUGGACUUACUUUUAUCGAAGACUGACAGUUAAUCCAGCUUACUAUGGUCUGGAAGAUACCAGUCCCACGACCCUGAGCUCGUACUUGUCUAGGUUGGUGCAAAGUACAUUGGAGGAUCUAGAAGACAGUGGAUGCAUCAAAAUGAGUGAGGAUGGUGUGGAAUCUAUGAUUCUUGGUUCAAUUGCAUCUCAAUAUUACCUGAGUUAUUUGACAGUGUCAAUGUUUGGCUCCAACCUUGGACCAAGCCUUUCACUUGAAGUUUUGUUGCAUAUAUUAACUGCUGCUUCAGAGUAUGAUGAGCUCCCAGUGCGGCAUAAUGAGGAAAACUACAAUGCAACAUUGGUUGAGCAGGUUCCAUACAAGGUGGACAAGAACCGUCUGGAUGAUCCACAUGUAAAAGCAAAUUUGCUUUUUCAGGCACACUUCUCCCAGUUAGAGAUGCCAAUCAGCGACUAUGUGACAGACUUAAAGUCUGUUUUGGACCAGAGUAUACGUAUAAUUCAGGCAAUGAUAGAUAUAUGUGCUAAUAGUGGGUGGCUUUCUAGCACUAUUACUUGUAUGCAUCUAAUGCAGAUGGUCAUGCAGGGGUUAUGGCUUGACAAGGGUUCUGCUCUAGAAAUGUUACCCUGCUUGAACAAUAAUGUUAUUGGUACACUUAAGAGGCAAGGCAUAUUAAAUGUGCAGCAAUUAUUGGAUGUUCCUAGGGAAACUUUGCAGAAUCUUCUUGGAAGUUUUCCAGCUUCGAGUUUAUAUCAGGAUUUGCAAAGAUUCCCUCGGAUACGCAUCAAACUGAGACUUAAGAACAGGGAUGAGAGACCUGGGAGCUCUUGCUCUCUUAAUGUGAGGUUGGAGAAUGUAAACGCAAAGCGGAAGACACCUAGAGCAUUUGCACCUCGAUUCCCCAAGGUUAAAGAUGAAGCUUGGUGGCUUGUACUUGGAAAUACUGUCACUUCUGAGCUCUAUGCAUUGAAGAGAGUUUCGUUUGCUGACCAUCUGGCUACACACAUGGCUUUGCCAUCAGAUUCAGUCAUUAUCCAGGGUUUGAAGCUCAUUGUGGUCUCAGAUUGUUAUAUUGGCUAUGAAUUGGAAUACUCCCUGGAAGAACUUCUCAAAGAUCAGCCGCGAGGAGCAUAAAUUGACUUGCCUUUUAGCCAAAAUGCACUGAAGUCAAUCCGGGUAAGAGUUCUGCUCAUCUGAGCUGGAUUUUCAUGUAGCAAUCGCGUAAUGAAGUUGCAUGAUGUAGAGCUAAUCAGGAAGGAAUGCAGAAGCCUUUUCCAAAUUUAUCAAAUGGCUCCGAGCUGCAAAUUGGAAAUAUCAGUCUGUGCGAUUAUUCACUGCUGUUCACAAUUGUUCUCUGCUAACUGUGUGAGAUUUCAAAUUCGAGGAGACGUGCUGUUUGCCUGUAUCCACAUGUUCGAGUGUGGCCUAGUAAAUAUGGACUAGUUUAUAUAAUCAUUGAGCUUGUUUAGUUACUCGAUAAUCUACUUUCUGCCAACAUUGGGAGUACGCGCCUGAAGAGCAAAAAGGGAUACAAUGAGAAAGACACCCACACCCACUCGGAAGAAGAAAUACUCCCAUAAAACUUCAAACAGCCUAUUAUUAAUUUUUAGAGGAACAUAUUCACUUAUUUUGCAUUUUCAGAAAAAUAUUUGUGACCGUUAUUUACUUGUUUAAUGGGGAGCAAUUAAGAAUAAGCUAAUGUUUUCUUUUUUUGACGGUUAAGAAAAGCUCUAUGUUAUACUUGUAUAGUAGUUAUGAAGUUGUAACAGCUACUUUUGAUAUUGACAAGAUUGGUGAGAUAAAUGCAUGAAAAGUUGGGAUCGCUA